CACUUACAGCUACAUUGUUGAAAUUUACUGGCGCCCAAAUUGUUGUGAGCAGCGUGAUAUUCCUCAGAAACACAACAUUCAUAUUCAUAAAUGAGCAGCGAAAGUGAGGAGUACUACAGCGACGAGGACGAUGUCGUUAGCAAUACCACAUCAGGACGCUCAAGCCGUAGCAGCGUCAACGCUGGCCGUGGCGCAGCUACCAGUCGUCGCUAUAGCGGCACUAGCAAUGUGACUGUUGCAGAUUCGGAUUCAAAUUCGAACUCUGACGAUACGGACUUGGACCAGCCAAAAAGAAAGGGACAACUGGGUGGAGCACGCCGCAAAGCUGUUAUUUACUCCGACAGCGAUGAGGAGGAUGAGUUGGAUCAGCGUGCAUUGUCGCCGCGCACGCGCAUGAGCAUUACGGGUGUGCGGCCAGACGAUCUAAGUGAUGGCUCCAGCGAGAUCGAUUACAGCGAUGAGGAGAGGGAGCAGCAGCAUUCGAAACAUCAGCUAUCGGAUUUGCCUGAGCAGGAGACAGCCAAUAGUAGUGGCAGUAUACAUGAAACGGAUUCGACUUUCGAUGAGGAAGUCGAGCGUGAACAGGCGCUUGCGGAUCGCUAUCGUCGGGCCACCGAUACUGGCAUGCCUUCGCCUCGUUACAGCACCCAAUUUGUGAGCAGCAUUGAGGAAACAUUGCACUCGACCUUGUUUCCGGUUGCUCAUCAACAGAUACUGCCCAAGUCGCCCACCAACGACUCCUCCGGCAGCGAUGUGCUGAUAUUGAGUAAUAAGGAGACGCCCAUUGAAAUCUCCAGCAGCACCGAUAACGACGACAGUUACAAUAAGGAAAAUGCGCCGCAGCCAUCGACGUCUUCGUCGAAUCGCAGAUCGCGCAGCUUUUCUCCACGCACCAGUUCCGAAGCACCGAGAGUGCGAUCAGGCAACAAUUUGAUACAGCCCACAAUCAAGGCGGCCAUUAAAAAGUCCCCAUCUAGACGGGCAAGCGUCCAGGGUCAGCAGGUGUCGCGUGAAUUCUAUGACAAGGAGUUGCGGAAAAUGUCCGAAAUGGGCGUUCAGCUAAACGAGGCAGAGAAGCUGUACGAGAAGGUAGCUCACAAGCUGCCUGACAAGGGCACUCAGAUUAAGAAGCGGAUCGAAGCACUGCGUCAGGAUAUUGAAAUCAAAAAGAAGUAUCUAAAUGGUCUCACCGUAAUGAAGGACAAGCCACAAAUAAAAGUCACCCAGCCGCGCACGUCCAAUCCACGUCCACCGCAAAACGAGGCGCCCAACUGGGAUCAGCUGUCUGCAGCCGUAAACCAAAUACAGCCCACGCACACCGGCGCCAAAGGUUUGGCCACGUUCAAUGCGAUGAAGGCGCUCACAAUAGAUUCUCUCAAGGAUUUGCAUGGGUCGCUGAAAGGCUGUCCGGCAGAAAAUGUGCUUGCUGACGAUCCGAAGGGCUUGAAGGUGAAGCUGAUGGAUCAUCAGAGGCAUGCGCUCGCCUGGAUGUUCUGGCGUGAGUCGCAGCGUCCACGAGGUGGCAUUUUGGCCGAUGACAUGGGUCUAGGCAAGACGCUGACAAUGAUAUCCCUGGUGCUUGCUUGUAAGAAUAAGCAGGAGAGCGGCGCUGGCGCCGAUUCUGCCAGCAGCGACGACGACGAAGACCUUGGCAAGAAGCGCAAGAGCAUAGGCGGCUGGACAUCCAAGGGCCGCAAAGAUCAUUAUAGGGGCGGCACCCUGGUGGUCUGCCCCGCGAGCUUGCUGCGCCAGUGGGAGGGCGAGGUGGCCUCCAAGCUGUCACGUCAUAAACUAACGGUCUGCGUCCAUCACGGCAACAAUCGUGAGUCGAAGGGCAAACAUCUACGCACCUACGACAUCGUGGUAACCACAUACAACAUUGUUGCCCGGGAGCACAAAAUGAAUGGGGCAUUGAAUGGCGUCAAAUGGCGUCGCAUUAUUUUGGAUGAGGCGCAUGUGGUGCGCAAUCACAAGGCGCAGUCCUCGAUAGCAGUCAGCGAGCUGCUUGGCAAAUAUCGCUGGGCCCUGACGGGCACUCCGAUCCAGAACAAGGAGCUGGAUGUCUAUGCGCUGCUCAAGUUCUUGCGGUGUUCGCCCUUUGAUGAUCUGGCCACGUGGAAGAAAUGGAUCGAUAACAAGAGCGCCGGCGGACAGGAUCGGCUUAAUCUGCUGAUGAAGUCCAUAAUGUUAAGACGGACCAAGGCGCAGCUGCAGCUGGAUGGCAAGCUGAGCAAUUUGCCCAAUAAGGAAGUUCGUUUGAUUGAAAUGCAUCUCGAUACGGAUGAGAUGAAUGUCUAUCAGAAGGUCAUGGCCUUUUCGCAAACGCUGUUCGCACAGUUUCUGUUUCAGCGCGCCGAGAAGGAUUCGGAUGCCAAUUUCAUAAAUGACGCACGCAAACCCACCUACAAUCAGAUCAAAGAUCCAAAUGGCGCCUACUAUAAAAUGCAUGAGAAAUUCUCGCGCAUGGCUGGCCACAACAAGGAGGUGAAGUCACAUGAGAUUCUGGUGCUGCUGCUGCGCCUUCGACAGAUAUGCUGUCAUCCUGGCCUCAUAGACUCGAUGUUGGAAGAGGAGGGCACUGGCAAAAUGGACGAUGAGAGCGACAGCUAUGCACCGGAAAUCGAUUUGCUGGCACAGCUCAACAAGAUGACCAUUAAUGAUAGCAGCAGCUCAACCGGAUCGCGUCGUUCCAGCCAGGGCAGGCGCAGUGGCGACGAUAUGCGUAUUGCCAAGGCCUCGCAGAAUGUGCUGAAGCGCAGCAAUCCGGUUUUCAACCUGAAGCGUCCAUCGACCAAAUUGCUGAAGGUGCUGGAGAUACUGAAGACAAACGUGCUGAAGACCAAGGACAAAGCUAUCGUUGUGUCCCAAUGGACAUCGGUAUUGGACAUUUUUCGUGAUCUGCUGGAGAAGGAGAAGCUAAAGUCAUUGUCGCUAAAUGGCACCAUUCCCGUCAAGAAUCGUCAGGAUAUUGUUAACGAUUUCAACGAUCCAAACAACUCGAAUCGCAUACUAUUGCUCUCUUUGACUGCUGGCGGUGUUGGACUCAAUUUGAUUGGUGCCAAUCAUUUGAUAUUGCUCGAUCUGCACUGGAACCCACAGUUGGAGGCACAGGCUCAGGAUCGCAUCUACCGCGUUGGCCAAAAGAAAGAUGUGAUCAUAUACAAGAUUGUAUGCGUGGACACCGUCGAGCAGCGCAUCAAAGCACUGCAGGAUCGCAAGCUUGAGCUGGCCGAUGGCGUGCUAACCGGCAAGGUCAGCACCAAGCUGACCAUUGACGAUCUCAAGGGUCUCUUUGGCAUGUAAAGCGAAUGCUGGGUAUUAUAAGGCAUUCCAAAAACUGAAAAUCCAUAAAAGUAUCGGCAAACGU